AUGGAACACGCGCGACCGCCGGCGGAAUUGUGUUUGGAAGGAGGUCCAUCUAAUCGGGCCGAUACGUGGCGUAAGUGGUUACGUCAGUUUCGAGUUUUCUUGAAAGCAUCAGGAGUUCAUAAAGAGGCCAGUGAUGUACAAGCUAGUUUGUUAAUUAAUUUAGUGGGAUCAGAGGGAUAUGAUAUUUACACUACAUUCAAGUUUAAUUCCGAGGAUGAGAAAGAAAAUAUAGAAAAAGUAAUCGAAAAAUUUGAUAAUCAUUUUGGGACAAAAACGAAUACGACUAUGGUGCGGUUUAAAUUCUUCACAAGAUGUCAAGAAGUCGGUGAGAGUAUCGACGAUUACGUCACUGCACUCAAACUACUAAGCCAGCGCUGCGAGUUUGAACAACUAGAGGAUAGCUUACUGCGGGAUCGAAUCGUGUGCGGUAUCAUAGAUAUUCCAGUACGAGAUCGGUUGCUACGCACAGAUGACUUAACACUAGAAAAAGCAAUAAAAAUUUGUCAAGCCAAUGAAAUGUCUAACGACGGCGAGAAACAGAUCGAGGGGAUAAAAUAUGAAACCCUAAAAUGUUCAUCAGUGAGCAGCACUCGAAGAGGACGACCGGAUAUGCGUCGCGGAACGAGGGACGCGAGUCGCAGGCACUCGCCCCGCCGCUGGCGCGCCGCGGCGGGCGACGGCCGCGGCCGAGCCGCCGCCGGAGCGAGCGGCGGGCCGGCUGCGUGGACAGCGCCGGCCGCGAGGUCCUGCGACGCUUGCGGCUCUACUCACUGUGACGGAAGUGAUCGUUGUGUGGCGCGUAAAGUGAAGUGCUUCAUAUGUGGUGGCAAGGGUCAUUACAAAGUUAUGUGUCCGACGCGUAGGUAUAAAAAAGUGUAUGAACUCAGUGAUAAUCCUCCGGAUUACAGUGGCAGUGAAAAUGACUUGUAUUAUAUUUCGUCUGUUGAAAGCAUCGACGCAAUAGUACAAAGCGAGGAUUCCAAAUGGUACGAAACUCUUUAUUUAUCCCAGACUGGCAGUGGACAUCGUUUUAAACUAGAUACCGGGUCCGACUUAAAUUUGUUAUCAAGAAAUAACUAUUCUAAAUUAGGUUUGUCUUUGUCAAAUAUUCUACCUGACAAUACGCGUGCCAGGUCGGUUUGUGGUAGUUACUUAUCUAUAAUGGGUUGUUGCACAAUUGAUUGGACAUAUAAAGGUACUGAACACAAAUUGAAAUUUAUAAUAUCGGACCAAACGUGUCAAAGUAUUUUGGGAAAACAUGCUGUAGAAAAAAUAGGUUUAAUUAAAAGAGUAUAUUCUUUAGACAUAAAUAAAUAUUAUGAGUUGUUUCAUGGAUUAGGUAAAUUGCCUGGUACGUAUUCUAUUCCAAUUGAGAGUGAUGCGAACCCUUGCAUUUGCCCUGUUAGAAAAAUACCACUAGGAGUGAGAGACCAACUUAGAGAGGAAUUGGAUCGCAUGGAAAAUUUGGGUGUAAUACGGAAGGUAUACCAUCCCACUUCGUGGGUUAAUGGUAUAGUCAUAGCAGCAAAAAAAGAUGGCAGCAUCAGGGUGUGCCUUGACCCGCGACCUCUAAAUCGUGUCAUAAAACGACAACAUUAUCCUUUACCCACCCUCACUGAAAUAGCCACCAAGUUAAAUGGUGCGCGGUAUUUCAGUAAAUUGGAUGCUAAAUCGGGGUUCUGGAUGAUUCAACUAGAUGACAGUAGCGCUGACUUGUGCACAUUCGGUACACCGUUCGGCAGGUAUCAGUAUAUGCGUCUGCCGUAUGGUAUAAAUUCUGCGUCUGAAAUAUUUCACGCCAGAGUGCGGCAGCUGCUGGAAGACCUAAUCGGUGUAGAUUCAUUUAUUGAUGACGUCAUAGUGUGGGGAGCCACUAAAGAGGAACAUGACAGUCGUCUAGAAUGUCUUCUUGAAAGAGCAAGGAAAGUGGGAAUAAAAUUUAAUUCCGAAAAGUGUGAAUUUUGUGUCAAUGAGGUAACGUACCUGGGACAUACCUUUAAUGCACAGGGGAUGAAAAUAGAUGCAUCAAAAUUGAAAGCGAUCAUGGAUAUGCCGAAUCCAUCGGAUCGUCAGGCAUUGGAGAGAUUUUUAGGCAUGGUUAAUUAUGUCAGUAAAUUUAUUUCUAAUUAUUCUGAAAAGGUUACUUCCUUACGGAAUUUGUUAAAAAAGGAUAUAGAAUGGAGUUGGGGCCCGUGCGAAGAUCAAGUAGUGAAUGAAUUAAAACGCGCUCUGUGCAGCGCGCCCGUUCUGGCGCUAUACGAGCCGCGCGAGCCGGCCGUGCUGUCUGUUGACGCGAGCGCGCGAGCGCUCGGCGCCGUGCUGUUGCAGGCCGGCCGGCCCGUCGAGUUCGCCUCCAUGACGCUCACUGACACGCAGCAAAGGUAUGCUCAAAUAGAAAAAGAGAUGCUGGCUAUUGUCUUCGCCCUAGAAAGAUUCCAUCAGUACAUUUUUGGAAAGAGCGAUAUCACCGUCGAGACUGAUCACAAACCACUGGAGGCCCUUUUUAAAAAACCUUUGGAAUCGGUACCUGCCAGAUUGCAACGUAUGAUGCUAGUUCAAAGAUACGAUUUUCAAGUGCAGUAUAAGCCAGGUAAAUACAUGUUCGUAGCGGACACUUUAUCCAUGGCUUUACCGGAUUUGCUGCAUGACAAAAUAACCGAAGAAAUAGAAGAACAGACGUGCUUUCUGGUGGAAAAUCUCAGAUUUAGCAGUGAUAGAUUAAAUUCGCUUAAAGUACACACAGAAAAAGACCAGGAGUGUCAAAUUUUAAUAAAUUAUAUAAUGAAUGGGUGGCCCCGAAAUAAAUAUGAUAUGAAGGAAUGCACACGCAUUCAUUGGAGCUACAGGGAGGCAUUCGAAUAUGUGAACGGAGUGCUCCUAGUGCAAGCGGCGGGCGCGGGACGUGAUGUUCUGGGCGGGGAUGUCGCGCGACGUGGAGCGCGGCGUGCGCGGCGCCGGGUGUGCGCGGAGCACGCGCCGCGGCCCCCGCGCGAGCCCCUGCGGCCGCACACCAUCCCGAGUCUGCCGUGGGCUAAAGUCGGCUCCGACAUAUUUGAAGUCAAUAAAAAGUACUAUCUAGUUCUUGUAGACUACUUCUCCAAUUUUGUAGAACUGUGUCCCCUGUCCAAUAUCACUUCGAAACAAGUGAUAUUAGCAAUGAGGGAUCAAUCACAUGCAUACCCCAGGAAUUGUUUUCCGAUAAUGGCCCAGCAUAUGCAUCAAAAGAGUUUAAAGCGUUUGCGACAAAAUGGGGAUUUACGCACACAACCUCAUCACCAAAUUACCCUCAGUCCAAUGGCCGCAGUGAACGUGCAAACUGCUCCAAGAGAUGGUGUCUCCAGUCCCGCCCAGCUCCUUAUGGGCAGAAGGUUGAAUACGCGACUUCCGUGUCAUGAUAGCAAGUUGAUGCCAGAGAGAGACAAUUCACAUGAUUAUAAAAGUUUAAUCCGAAACCAACGUCGCUCUAAGGAAUGGUAUGACAUAAACACCCGAGAGCUUCCAGAGCUGGUGACCGGCGACAGGGUGGUAACUGUGGACGGUACUCGCAGGGAACGUGCACGCGUCGUCGAUCGUGCAUCUCAGCCACGGUCUUACUUCGUGAUGGACAGUGCAGGUAGAUUGCUGCGUAGAAAUCGUAGGCAUCUUAUUAAGCUGCAUCCCACUGUUUCGGCUCCAACUGCGUCAUCGCAACAGAUGACGAGUGAGGACGGCGAUAAUCAAGACGGGUCUUAUGACAAUCAAUCUUCCGAAAAUUCAGAGGCGUAUAAUUCCUGUGACGAUCUUGAUGGCAAAAACGUGCAAACCUCUCCAUCUCCACGGCUGGAAAGGGCAGCUGCAAAACUUGCUAAAGAAAAAAUAAAAGGGCUAAAAAUUUAA